CCUUGUCCUUGACGCGAGAAUCUUUCCGUGAUCAUCAAAUCCACCUACACUACACACACGUUAACUACCAUCCCCACAACUCCUCCCUACCACAACAAUGUCCGACUACGGUGACGACGGAAACGAACCAGAGUUUAACGAGGACUACGAGGAGCCGGAGGAGGAUUUCGAGGAGGAACCCACCUUCAGCGACAAUGAGGAGGCUGGCGAGGCGGGUCGCAAUGGUGUCGUGAACGGAGACCACGACUUCAUCACCAGUGGCGAUCCUGCCGCCGCUGCAGCGGCUGCUCAGGGAGGCUCCAAGAAGCUUGACGACAAGAAGAUUCCCGACGAUCAGAGAAACACGACACCCUACAUGACCAAGUACGAGCGCGCGCGGUUGUUGGGCACGAGGGCGCUGCAGAUCAGUAUGAAUGCGCCUGUUCUCGUCGAUACCGGUGGAGAGACGGACCCCCUACAGAUCGCGAUGAAGGAGCUGCAAGAGAAGAAGAUUCCUUUGGUUGUACGGCGGUACCUACCUGAUGGAUACUACGAGGACUGGCGCUGCGAGGAACUCAUCUAGUUUAAUACCUCGAUAAUAAGCUGUGUUUCGCUCAAAGUACUACUACAAGUGAUGCUUCUUUCUACAUGUGCAUGAAAAGCCCAGUGGCCCUUCACCAUGAUUCUCACCGUUGCC